UUCAGCAUCGACACUGAGACUACGACUCUCCUUGGGAACUCUAUAAAAGCCUACGGUUCCAACUCGAACAGAGCUGCCGACGAGGAUGCUUUGAUACUGAAGGAAGAAAUUUCUGACGAUGUAUGGAGAAAGGAGUCUGCUGUUAUUGCCAAGUCAACGGCACCCCUCGUGGUGACCUUCUUGCUUCAGUAUUCUUUGACCGUAGCUAGUGUCUUUACACUUGGCCACUUGGGGAAGACAGAGCUGGGUGGAAUCAGUUUGGCAUCAAUGACCGCCAACAUUACAGGUUACGUGGUCUAUCAAGGUUUAGCUACCUGCCUCGACACGCUUUGUUCUCAAGCUUACGGGUCCGGGGAGAAGAGAUUAGUAGGCCUGUAUCUCCAACGAAUGGUCGCCAUUUUUACAGUACUUACUCUUCCCAUCGCAAUGAUCUGGUUCUUCUCUGGGAGCCUGUUGAUGAUGGUUGUUCCAGACAAAGAGGUGGCAAUGCUUGCAGGCCGGUAUCUGAGGAUUCUGAUAUUUGGAGCACCAGGAUACGCUUUCUUCGAGUGCGGGAAACACUACCUGAAUGCUCAAGGGCUAUUUUUGGGGCCUACUUACGUCCUAUUGUUAUGCGCACCGCUGAAUGCUUUCAUGAAUUGGUUUUUUGUUUGGAAACUAGGCUGGGGAUUUGUCGGAGCGCCAAUCGCUGUUGCGAUCACAGACAACCUACUUUCUUUGUUACUAUUCCUUUACGUAUACGUCUUCGCUGGCAUGGAAUGCUGGGAUGGACUCACCACAGAAGCCUUUGCCAACUGGGCCCCUAUGAUUCACUUUGCCCUUCCAGGCCUGGUGAUGGUUGAGGCUGAAUACCUCGCCUUCGAGAUCAUGACUUUUUCUUCCUCGUAUUUGAGCACCACCUUGCUAGCUGCUCAGUCCAUUCUCGUCACAAUCAGCAGCAUUGCUUUUCAGCUUCCAUUCCCCCUCUCUAUUUCUGCAAGUACACGAAUUGGCAACUUGAUUGGCGCCAAUCGUAUACACGCUGCCCAAGUUGCUGCCCAAGUUAGCCAAUUUGCAGCAGUUUUGGUUGGCUUGAUAAACGUAGUGGUGCUGCUAUCUUUCCGUUUCCAGAUUCCUCGGCUCUUCACUUCAGACCAGGAAGUAGCUGGGCUCGUUGCAGAAGUACUGCCACUGUGCGCGGCGUUCCAGCUCUUUGACGCUCUUACCGCCAGCUGCAACGGAGUUUUACGUGGCGUGGGUCGUCAAAAUAUCGGUUGCUAUGUUCAACUGCUUUGCUAUUACGUUGUUGCCGUGCCCUUUAGCCUCUUCACGGCUUUUGUUUUGGGCUGGAAUCUGCUAGGUCUUUGGUCCGGUGUUGCCUUAGCCCUGGCACUGGUUUCUUUAAUUGAAACCAUCUACAUCCAACAUAUCGACUGGCAGGGCUGUGUCGAAGUCGCUAUGAACAGGAACGUGGUAGCUUAA